AUGGCCGGGAGAUUGGAAGCAUUGAUUCAAUUGCAGAAGAAGAUAAACGAAUAUGAAGUUGAUUUUGAUUUGAAAAGAACUCUUCUCGAAAAUAAAUUCGAGUCCGUCAUCAAAUCCUUAUACGAGCAGAGAGCUAAGAUAAUCUCGGAAGAUUAUACUGACAAUGCCAAUAACAACGCGCACAGUGCUUGGAAUGCCAACAAGUCUGCCAACACUCAAACGAAAGAUGAGAUUCAAGGGUUUUGGUAUGAGGCGUUCAUGAAUUCAAAAUACGUUGAAGCCAUCAUUCAAGAAACUGAUAGAGAUGCUUUGAUGUAUUUGACAAAUGUCAAUGCCUAUACAGAUAUUUCACAAUUGAAACAUGACAGGCAAUACUCUUUCAGAUUAGAUUUCCAUUUUGCGCCAAAUCCUUAUUUCCACAAUCACGUGCUUACGAAAACUUAUUUUGUGAGCGUUAAAACUGACAAAGACAACCCGCUGCAUUACAAUGGACCAAAAAUUUACAAGAGUGUAGGUUGUGAUAUCAAAUGGAAAACGGGAAUGGAUUUAACAGUUAUAACGAGCAAUAAAAAAAAUUCAUCUUCUGUGCUACAAUCUGGUUUAUAUUAUCAAGGCGCAUUGAAAAAAUGGUAUGAGAAGAAAGGACUAGCCACGUUUUUCAACUUUUUCAAUUUUCCUGAGAUUCCUGAAAAUGCAGUGUUUGACGACGAAGACGCCAGUGUAUUGGAUGACGAUUUCCAAUUGGGUUGGCACAUCAAAGAUGAACUUAUUCCCCAGGCUCUGUUCUACUAUCUUGGUGACAUUUCAGAUGAUGAAAGCGACGAGGAAAGUGACGAGGAUACUGAAGGAAGUAGUGCUGACAGUGCUGAAUCCGAUGAGGUGAUCAAAGAUGAUGAUGGCAUUGUUGAGGAGCACGACCGAAUCAAAAUUAAAAAACCAGUUCUCUCCACUACUAGAUCUGAUAAAAAGUCAAGAAAUGUUUAA